UUUUUUUUUUUUUCUUUGUGUUACAGAGGGGGGAGAAUUUGCUAGUGAGGUAUGGAAGGGAAGGAGAUGGAUGUGGAUGCAACGACGCCGUUUUUAGAGAAAACAAAUCAUUCGACGAAUGUUCGCGGUAGACUCACUAGACGCUAUUCGGUGACCUCACUCCGGAACGAGUUCGUCUCCAGAUUGCCUGGAAAAUUCCGCUCUGGUCUCGAUCCCGAGUCCUCUCCUUCCAACCUUGAUUUUUCCAGAGCUAAAGGCUUAAGCAGCGGGGAAAGGGAGUACUAUGAGAGGCAAUUUGAGACUUUGAAAUCUUUUGAGGAGGUUGAUGCAUUGGUUGAAUCUAAUGGUCCUAUUGAGGAAGAUCUGACGGAACAACUCCAGCAAGAAAGAGCAAUGAAGAUUUCUAAUUAUGCCAAUAUUAUAUUGCUUGCAUUAAAGGCGUAUGCUACAAUCAAGAGUGGAUCCAUAGCCAUUGCGGCGUCAACGCUGGAUUCUUUACUUGAUCUUAUGGCUGGUGGGAUUCUUUGGUUCACUCAUAUGUCUAUGAAAAACAUUAAUAUCUAUAAGUAUCCUAUUGGAAAAUUAAGGGUACAGCCAGUUGGGAUAAUUGUCUUUGCUGCUGUCAUGGCCACACUUGGGUUCCAGGUUUUGGUUGAGGCUGUAGAGAAACUAAUUAAGAAUACACCUCCUGAUAAGAUGACUGGUGAUCAAUUGGUGUGGAUGUACACUAUCAUGUUAACUGCCACUGUGGUAAAACUUUGUCUCUGGUUUUAUUGCAGAAGCUCUGGCAAUGAUAUCGUCCGGGCCUACGCGAAGGAUCAUUAUUUCGAUGUGGUAACAAAUGUAGUAGGAUUAAUUGCAGCUGUUCUCGGAGAUAGAUUCUUUUGGUGGAUAGAUCCUGUUGGUGCUAUUAUCCUUGCAAUCUAUACAAUUUCAAAUUGGUCUGGGACUGUCCUGGAAAAUGCAGUUUCACUCAUAGGGCAAUCAGCCUCGCCUGAGGUCUUGCAGAAAUUGACAUAUCUUGUCAUAAGGCACCCUAAAGUCAAGCGUGUUGAUACUGUCCGCGCAUACACUUUUGGCGUUCUAUACUUUGUGGAGGUCGACAUUGAACUUCCAGAAGAUCUACCUUUGAUCGAGGCACACACCAUAGGAGAGUCCCUGCAGAUAAAGCUCGAGAAACUUCCAGAAGUUGAGCGCGCAUUCGUUCAUCUAGACUACGAAUGCGAUCACAAACCAGAGCAUUCUGUUCUCAACUCUCUUCCCAACAAUCAGGGUUAAUUUGCAGUUGUUCUGUAAGUUGUUUUGACUUAUUGAUAGUAGUCUCUAGUUGAGUGCACGAAAUGGGGAAAAUGAGAGAAGAUAUUGUACAUUAAGUUCCCUUCACGCAAUGGAAAUAAUUCCUACGAUAGCUCGAGUAUCAUACCUUGAAUGGUUCGACAAUUGUUGAUGAUUGAUGGUUUCUACGGUACACUCGAAAUUUUCUCAGAUGCAUCUAAUGAUGAAGAAGCAUGAAGGUAUCACAAUAUGGAAACAUAAAAGGGCAAUUCAGUUUUCUCCCUUUUGAUAAAAUAUAGUUCUCUACAUAUUAAGUUAUGAGCAAUUCAGUUUGUAUCUACUAGUUAAAAGGUUAUUAUAUUAUACCUUCCUCCUCCUCCCUCUUUUUUUUUGUUAUUGUUAAUUUUUUCGAAAGAAAAACACGGAUUAGACUCGUAAACGAGUUAAUCAUUAAGCUCUAA